AUGUGUGUCUUCAAUAGGCAUAAUGCUGAAGCACAUCUUGCUCCGAGGAAGUUGAAAACCGAUGACAAUUUCAAUUAUUUUGAAGACAAGGAGGCAAUGGAGCUUUAUUCUCGAUUAAGGGCACAAAAGGAGGAGAUCCAGAUUCUUCAUGGACAAAUUGCUGCUGCGUCUUUGAGGGAGCUUCAGUUGCUUAAUGAGAGAUAUAUUUUGGAGAGGAAAAUUUCAGACUUACGAAUGGCUAUUGAUGAUAAGCAAACUGAAGUAAUCACUUCUGCUUCAAAUGAGUUGGCUUGCAGAAAAGGUGACCUUGAACAAAAUUUAAAAUUGACCCAUGAUUUGAAGUAUUUGCCAUGCUGCAUGACCAUUGAUAUUGCAACCCAUGAUUAUGUGAAACUAAGGAUGACCAUUGAUGUAGCAACUAUUGCGUAA